AUGCCUCCCAAGAAGAACAAGGAAGUUCAAAAGCUUUCUUAUGGAGAAUUCAUGCAGGAUUCCUCCUAUGGAGGAUCUUGGGCUGAUGAAGUAGAGGAUACCUAUGCCUCCGGAACUCAGCCUCUCCCCCCAUCUGAACGCCGCAUGGGCGGUGGUGGUUUCGGCGGAUCUAGCUUUGGUGGUGGAGAACGAUCCUACGCUCAGCGCGACUCCUUCCCCCAGCGAAUCCCCGACAAGCCGCCUUACACUGCCCAUCUCGGCAACCUGUCCUACGAUGCCACCGUCGACACCGUAACUGACUUUUUUGCUUCAUGCGAGGUCGUCAGCGUCCGAAUCGUUGAGGACCGUGAGCAAAUGCGACCCAAGGGAUUCGGCUAUGCAGAGUUUGCAACCCCCGAAGGCCUACAGAAAGCCCUCGACCUUGACGGCGAGAGCUUCCAGGGCCGAACAAUCAGAGUCAGAAUUGCUGAUCCUCCCAAGGGAAGGGAAGGCGGCGACUCCAAUCGCGAUCUCAGUGACUGGACUCGCAAGGGUCCAUUGGCAGAUCUGCCCAGCCGAGGCGGCGACCGUCGUCCUCCCCGUGAUUUCGGCGAGCCUCGCGCCCCUCGUGAGGGUGGUCCCGUCGACGAUGGCAAGAUCCGCGACUUUGGGAACUGGGAGAGAAAGGGCCCGUUGUCACCGCUCCCGCCUGCUAUGGAGCGCCAGGGUUCACGCGAAGGAAGCCGCCCUCGCACUAUCCAGAACAGAGACGACCCCGCGAGGAACCGGAGAACAUCACCAGCAGCCUGGGGCCCUAGUGAAGGCCGCCAAGAGGGCUCACGUCCUCCUCGCCGUGACUUUUCAGAUCGCCCGGAGCGACCAGAGCGAGUUCCUACCGCCGCUGAGAAAGACAUGCAAUGGAGAAGUAGCAUGCGACCUGAUGCGCCCGCCAAGUCACCGGGACAGUCAAGAAGUGGAAGCGAGGCACCGCCAUCACCUGCUCCCGCCGCUGCCGUGCCGGCUUCUCGCCCCAAGCUGAAUUUGCAGAAGAGAACGAACAAGCCUGACUCACCGGAUGUGCUGUCGCCCCCUCCGGCUUCUGCCGACCCCAAACACAACCCCUUCGGUGCUGCCCGCCCGAUUGACACAGCUGCCCGAGAGCGAGAGAUUGAGGAGAAGAGGGUGCAAGCACUCAAGGAGAAGAAGGAAGCCGAUGAGAAAGCAAAGGAAGAGCGGCGUCUUGCCAAGGAGGCUGCGGCGAAGGAGGCUGCUGAGAAAGCAGAGGCCGAGGCUUCCAAGGAGGCUGUCGAGGAAGAACCCAAAGCAGAGGAGACACCGGUUGAGGCUGCGGCAGAGACCGUUGAUGCGCCGGAGAAAGCGGCCAAGGAAGGCGAAAAUGGUAGUGCUGCUGAGCAAAAGAUCCCAACAAGACCCCGCGAGCCACGGGAGCCCAGGGAGAACGUGCAGAAUCCCAAGUCUGCGCGAGCUGCUGAGAGUGGUAACUGGAGAUCAGCUUCUAGCGAACAGAAGGGUCCUCGAGGUGCUCCCACCGGUCCCCGUCGUGGUGGUGCUGGCGGUCCGCGGGGCGGACGCUUCGCCGAGGGAGGUCGACCUCCUCGAGCCAACGGUGGCCAAGCUGCUGCCUCUCAGGCAACCGGCGCGGGUGAGCCAUCGACUCCUACCCAAGAUGAGGACGGUUGGACCACCGUCGCUGCACCGAACAAGAGCCGUCGCGGUCAAGGUCGCCCUGUUGCUUAA